AUGGAUCAAGACACUAAGUUGGGGGAAUCUAUAGAUCCUUUUCAUUAUUUAAAAACAGACGAGUUUACUUCAGAGAUUUAUAAAAUAGAGAUUUAUAAUUUACCCCGAAAAUUUGGAUUUGCUCAAUUGAAGAAACGACUGAAUGGAACUUUAGGAUUAAAAUGUCAUAAAAUCAACAAUCCACAGGCUAAAGCAGCUUUUGUCACUUUCAGAUGUGAGGAAGACAGAGAAGAAGCUUUAAAGAAAAUCAACGAACAUGUGUGGAAGGGACAAAAAUUAUCAGCCAAGGUUGCCAAGCCAAGAGCAGAUCCUUUGUUAAGAAAGAGAAAACAGGAAAAAGACGUUUACCAUAGAUUGUUUUAUUUCAGAAUAAAGAACAGUGUUACUCCAUAUUGGAAUGUGGAUUACGAGGAACAAUUAAAGAGAAAGACCCAAAGUAUAGUAGAUGUAUUAAUUUCUGUUGCUAAGAGACCAGAUGUAAAACAGUUAUUUGUUAAUCAGAGAAAGAAAUAUAACGAAAUGUGCUGUGAAUUAUUACCCAUAAUUCCUUCACCAGUGAUAGAAAAAUACAGAAAUAAAUGUGAAUUUUCAAUUGGUAAAAAUGUCGAGGGAAAAGAUAAUUGUGUGGGAUUUCGUUAUGGUCUAUAUAAAGAUGGAUUUAGUACAGUUGGAGAUAUUUCAGAUAUAGCCUUUCUUCCAGACAGUCUCAAAUCUGUUGCCAAGUCCUUUGAAGAGUUCCUAUCAACCAGUCCCUAUAAAUCAUAUCACCAGGGCACACAUGAAGGUCAUUGGCGCCAGCUGACAGUCCGGGCUACCAGAGCUGGUAGUAUCAUGAUAAUUCCUGAAUUUUAUACUAAAAAUAUUUCACAGGAAGAUUUAGAAAUAGAAAAGAAAAGAUUAGUAGAAUUUUAUACAGUUGGUGAGGGGAAAACUCAGAAUAUAAAUUCACUCUAUUUUACACCAUUUCAAAGUGGAGAAGGACAGCAUAUAAAAACUUAUGAACAUUUAUUUGGAGAUCAGACAAUAAAAGAACAGAUGUUGAAUAUGACUUUCCAGAUUUCACCUGACGCCUUCUUUCAAGUUAAUACGAGUGCCGCGGAAGUUUUAUACAAUAAAAUAGGAGAAUGGUGUAAUAUAAAACCAGACGUUAAAACUACAGUACUUGAUAUUUGUUGUGGUACUGGAACUAUUGGGCUGGCGCUUGCUAAGAAAGUAACCAAGGUAAUUGGAGUAGAGAUGUGUCAACAGGCUAUAGACGACGCUAAACAAAAUGCUAAAUUAAACGAAAUUAAGAAUGUAGAGUAUUAUUGUUCGAGAGCUGAAGAAGCCAUAGUUACCAUCAUAAAAACAAUAUGGACACCGAAUGUAGUGGCUGUAGUCGACCCUCCUAGAGCUGGUUUACAUAAAACUGUGUUGAGGUCGUUAAGAGUUUGUAGAAGAAUUAAAAGAUUAAUCUAUGUAUCAUGUAGUCCACAAUCAGCCAAGGAUAACUUUAUAGACUUGGUGCGACCACCAACCAAGAAGUUAAAGGGUCAACCGUAUAAACUGAUCAAAGCCGUGCCUGUCGAUUUAUUUCCCAUGACCCCUCACUGUGAGCUGUUAUUACUGUUUGAACGAGAUCUGUCACAGACCAACGACAGCAGUGGCUCUGAUUUUGAAAUGACGUCUGCUGAAUCUAAAACUGACUCCUCAAAAAAGGCAGAUGCUUCUAAUCCGUCUGCUGAGAUAACUAAGAAAGACAACUCUAGCGUACAAAGUGUGCCUGCAAAUAUUGAUGACAAGACUGAAAAUGUGAAGUCGAAAUUGGAGGAUGCUGAGCCUAUAAAAAAUGACAGCAAACCAACAGCCUGA